UUCGCAGAUUCCGGAGCUGUUCCAGGAUCAAAUGACUACACGACCCUGGUCCUUUACCACGGGAGCGCAUUCAAUAGUCACAGCUUCCACAAACUUCUCCCCCUCGCCACCUCCCGCAACCUCCGCAUCGUCAUCGUUAAUCGAAGGGAAUACCAUGGCUCCACGCGAUACACCGACGAAGAAAUCAGCGACCUGCAAGCCGGGCGCAAGACAUUCUUAGAACGCACUGGCCUACACACCGCCGAGUUUCUCAUAUACUUCGCGCAGACGCACGACAUUCCUAAGAUCAGC